CAGCUACAUAGUAUUCUAACACUGAUGUCAGCUUUGUAGAGAUUUUCAAACUUGUAAACUUAGUCUCUUUUUAAACUGGUUUAAAAAUGGCAGGAAUAUCGAUUUCGAAAAGCUUGACAAUGGAUAAAAAGCGAGAGGCUUUCGAAAAAGCAUGUUCAAAGUUCAGUGUUCCUGGUGUCAAACUUGUACUUAUCACGGAGGAAUACUACGAUGCCGCCUUGAAGUUUGCUCUGGAACAUUUCAUUACUCAUGAACCUUCGCAUGUAGCCUUAGGAGUGCCUUGGAAUCAAGAGGUAGAAAAGUUCUGGUUAAAGACACUACAACUCAAUCUGUCUUUGAUGUUCUUAAAUGACGAAACCGGCGAACCAAUGGCCUUCCAAAUAAUUGAUAUCGAACAGUAUGACGAUAAGAUAGACUUUGAAUCAAUUCAAACACCUGCAUAUAAGCAACUGAUUCGUUGUUGUGUUUACUGUGACGAACAGUCGGAUUUCUUCGGACAUUUCGGUAUAACGGAAACAUUUCACCUUCUCGGACUAGCAGUGGCAGAGAAAUACAAAAGGCGUGGCAUUGCAAGACAGAUGGUUAACGCAGCUAUUGACAUGAUACGGAAUUUUAGAAGUGGCCUGGUGUACGUAAAAGUAGAGGGUUCGUCCAAUUUUUCGCAGAAAAUAUUUGAAAAGGCAAACUUCGAAAUUUUAUUUGAGCUGCCUUUCGCAACGUGGGAAGUAGAUGGACAAUUUCCAAUUCAGAACACAGGUAUACACAAAACAGUGAAGGUAUAUGGUAAGAAACUGACAGUCGAGCCGUGAUAAUGAAACUGGACUUGGUGAAUUAUGCUUUGUGCAUUGUUUUAAGAACUAGUUCUAUUCAUCACCAUUUCAGUAUCCAAAAAACAAACAACAAAAAAAAAAAAGCAAACAGACGAACAAAAGAAACAACGUUACUUCCGUCGCUGAUCAAUAUAUUUUUGAACCUUUUGUAGAUGUGGCAAAAAUAUGUGAACAUCUCUUUGCAUUUUAACAUUAACGAAACGCACGUGCAUUUUUCCUGCUGAAAUGAAACUCUUGUCGCAUCCUCAACUGAUCAUUUUUCGACAGAAGCGCUUUGAGUCUAUGUCUAUGUUCUUCGGCUUAGGAAUUGAUUAUGCCAAGCUGGCGAUAGCUGUUAAAAAUAGUAAACAAUACAGAUACUCUGAUGCUAUGUGCAUCACAAAGACAGAGUAAAAAAUCUAUUUUACAGGCCUUGGUGAAUUAAACGCAGGAAGUUGAAUUAGAGCUGAUAGGUGGCAGCUGCCCAACAAAUAUUUCUAAGCUGGGACUAGUUUGCAAAGACAAAGAGAGACUGUUCCACAGACGUAUACUUCUGGGAAAAAUGAGUUUGCAUGAUAGUGUCUUUGAAUAUGUAUCAAAUAGUUCAGGUUUCUAGUUCUUCUGAGGCAAACCAAUGCGGUGCUGGAUCUUAUACAACAUUGCAACUGCACAGAUCUUGCGGCGUUCUUCCGUAGGGUAUCGAAAUAAGUUCCAAGCGCAAAUCUGUUUAGAACGAGUGCUUUAAUCGCACUUUUUCACUGCUAAAUUACAUUCUGCAUGAAAUGAGAUGGUUUUCAUGUUUAAACAAGUUUUGAAGAUCGAAACCGAAAGAAGGGGUUUAUUUGCGCGGACAAGAGCAACACUGUGCCAUUUUUAGGAUAUCAGACCACUUCACAAGAAACUAUUUAACCCCGUAUUUUCUUUUCAUUUUUUCCUAAAUUUAUGAUAGAACUUUCAUGAACAAGAGGGCCAUGAAGGCCCUGUAUAGCUCACCUGACUUACUGAUCUAAAGAUUAUCAAGAUUAACAUUCUGACCAAGUUUCAUUAAGAUAUGGACAUAAAUGUGGCCUCUAAAGUGUCAAAUAGCUUUUUCUUUGAUGUGACCUGGUGAUCUAGUGUUUGACCCUACAUGACCCAGAUUCGAACUUGACCUAUAGAUCACCAAGAUUAACAUUCUGACUAUGUUUCAUGAAGAUACAGUCAUAAAUGUGGCCUCUAGAGUGUUAACAAGCUUUUCCUUUUAACUGACCUAGUGACCUAGUUUUUGACCCUACCUGACCCAGAUUUGAAUCUGACCUAUAGAUAAUCAAGAUUAACAUACAGACCAAGUUUCAUUAAGAUAUGGUCAUAAAUGUGGCCUCUAUAGUGUAAACUAGCUUUUCCUUUGAUUUGACCCGGUGACCUAGUUUUUGAUUCUACAUGACCCAGAUUCAAACUGGACCUUGAGAUCAUUAAGAUUAACAUUCUCACCAAGCUUCAUGAAGAUACAGUCAUAAAUGUGGCCUCUGGUGACCUAGUUUUUGACCACGGUUGACCAAAUAUCAAACUCGUCCAAAAUUUUAGUAAGGGUAACAUUCUGACCAAGUUUCAUUAAGUUUGGGCCAAAAUUGUGACCUCUAGAGUGUUAACAAGCUUUUCCUUUGAUUUGACCUAGUGACCUAGUUUCUGACCCCAGAUGACCCAAUAUCGAACUCGUCCAAGACUUUAUUCGGGGUAACAUUCUGACCAAGUUUCAUUAAGUUUGGGCCAAAAUUGUGACCUCUAGAGUGUUAACAGUCAAAUUGUUGACGACGGACGACUGACGGCGGACGACUGACGGACGACGACGGACACAGGGCGAUCACAAAAGCUCACCUUUGAGCACUUCGUGCUCAGGUGAGCUAAAAACACGUGAAGAAAAAGGUGAUGUUCUAUAAAGAAACGUAAAUGGGA